UCGUCGCUUGGUUGCUGGUGUAAAUUGCUAAUGACUAGCUACCUACGUAGCAUCUAGCUAGCUAAGAGUAACUGUCCAUUUUAGGGGGUUGUGACGGCUUCGAUUAUUUGAUUUUUCUUCUCAUUUAGGACUUACCACUCAGUUAAAGAUGUUUGAAGAGGCUAGUGAGGUGUUUGACAACAUGUUCAAGUCAUCGUUUCCCUUGACUUUCAUUGUAUUUAUCCCAGCGGUUCUGAUUUUAGUGUCACCACUUCCAGCCGAAGCGGCACAUGAAUUCACCGUGUACCGCAUGCAACAAUAUGACCUGCAGGGACAACCGUACGGUACGAGGAACGCUAUCCUCAACACAGAGGCUCGUAGCGUGGAGGCGGAGGUGUUAAGUCGUCGCUGUGUUAUCAUGCGGCUGGUUGACUUUUCCUAUGAGAAGUACCAGAAGGCCUUGCGGCAGUCGGCUGGUGCCGUGGUCAUCAUCCUGCCCAAGAACAUGUCCACCAUGCCGCAGGAUAUAGUCCAGCAGUUCAUGGAGCUGGAGCCAGAGAUGCUAGCCACGGAGACAAUUGUCCCUGUGUACUUUGCUCUGGAGGACGAGGAGCUGCUGUCCAUCUAUACCCAGACGCUCACCUCGUCCUCGUCCCAGGACUCGUCCUCUGCAGCUGAAGUGCUGCUUCACACAGCCACGGCCAACGGCUUCCAGAUGGUGACCAGUGGAGCCCAGAGCAAAGCUGUUAGUGACUGGGCCAUCACUAGCCUGGAGGGGCGUCUUGCUGGGGUCGGAGGGGAGGACCUGCCCACCAUCGUGCUGGUGGCCCACUAUGACUCCUUCGGCGUGGCCCCGUGGCUGUCGUACGGAGCUGACUCUAACGGCAGUGGUGUGUCUAUGCUGUUGGAACUGGCUCGUCUCUUCUCCAGACUGUAUACAUACAAGAGGACGCAUGCUGGGUACAACCUGCUGUUCUUUGUGUCAGGGGGAGGAAAGUUUAACUACCAGGGCACCAAGCGCUGGCUGGAGGACAACCUGGAUCACACAGACUCCAGUCUGCUGCAGGACAACGUUGCGUUCGUCUUGUGUCUGGACACCCUGGGUGAUGAAGACCACCUGCACCUGCACGUGUCCAAGCCCCCUAAGGAGGGCACGCCCCAACACACCCUGCUGAAGGAGCUGGAGACGGUGUCGUCCAGUCAGUACCCUGAGGUCAAGUUCUCCAUGGUCCACAAGAAGAUCAACCUGGCGGACGACACGCUGGCCUGGGAACACGAGCGCUUCGGUAUCCGCCGCCUGCCGGCCUUCACGCUGUCCCACCUGUCGAGCCACCGCGAGGCGCGGCGGUCCAGCAUCAUGGACGUGCGGUCAGUGUCCCCCUCAUCUCGCCAUGGAGCAGGAGAGCCUCCUGCUGGGCCUCAUGUGGACGUACAGAAGUUGGGCAGGAACACCAAGCUGAUAGCUGAGGCUCUGGCCCGGGUCAUCUACAACCUCACUGAGAAGGGGGCUCCAGGAGACCUGCAGAUCUUCACUGAGCAGAUGCAGGUACAGGAGGAUCAGCUGUCGUCAGUAGUUGAUUGGCUGACGGCCCAGCCCAGAGCAGCCCAACUGGUGGACAAGGACAGCAGCGUGGUCAGUACCCUGGAGUACCACCUGGGGCGCCACCUGAAGGACGUACGCCGCCACUACGUCAAAGCAGACAAGAGGGACCCCGAGUUUGUGUUCUACGACCAGCUCAAACAGACAAUGAACGCCUACAGAGUGAAGCCAGCCAUUUUCGACCUGCUGUUGGCGCUCUGCAUAGCAGCCUACCUGGGGGUCAUGUACCUGGCCAUACAGCACUUUGGGAUCCUCUACAGCGUGGUGCGUAGGAUCACCCAGCCCAAGACCAAGCAGCAUUAAGCCACUCCCACCUCCUCCAGGCUCCGCCCCUUUAAACAGCGUCAUCGAGCUCCAGCCAAUCAGACAGGACUCUGAACGUGCAGAUCUCUCCCUCUCUCUGUCUACAAAUCGCCUUUUCUUUCUUCCCUCUCUGAAAAUGAAACAAUGUCAAAACAAUUCUCUCUCUUUCUCUUUGUGCCAGCCAGUCUAGUGUCCUGUCGACUGAUCCAUCAGAGUUCCUUCUAUGAUUCUUCACCUUUUCACCCAACAGCAUUACCACCAGACAUACUACAGAAAUAGUAGUUGAAUUCCUUUUAAAUACUUUGACCCGUGCAUGAUUAAACUAAACCAGAGGCCAAGCCCUCAUACGUUGAAACCCUCAGUUCAGCUUCUUCAGCCAGGGUCAAACUAAAUUAAUAACUUUUUAAAAGAAAUGUCUAAUGCUAUUUGGCCAUCACAUCUCUACUGUCGUGUUCUCGUCCUCUGUCUGAAUGAAUGGUCUGCAUAUUUGGCUUCCAUAAUGACAUGCCUUUUUAUAUGACCUUUGCCCCAGUCUAAUCUAAAAUUAAUCUAAGAUGUUUACUCUAAUUGAAAUGUAAUGUGAACUAGUGCGUCGAUGACUCACUGCCUUGUCUCUCAGCCUCAGCAGGACAGUAAAGUGGUUAUGACAUUGCAUCCAGAAACGGAUGAAUACAAAGAUAAAAAUUGUUUUAUUUGAUAAAUACGUCCUUUUCCACCGCUUCUUAGAUACGUUAGCUAGUUAUUGUGUGUGACUUGACGUGUGACUUGAUGUGUGACUUGCUUAGAUUUCUCAAGAUUUACUCCAGAUCAGCCGACCACCGGUUCGUAGACUUCAUCCUCUUUAACCCUUGUGUUAUCUUCGGGUCAUUCUGACCCAUCAGUCAUUGUGACCCACCGUCGUAUUGCGACAACUUUACCGCAUACAAAAACAAAGUGAAGCAUUUUCUUUUAACCGUUGGGCUGUCUCAGACCCCCCCACAUUGCGAAGGUUAAAAUAAAAAUAUUUGUUUUUGUAUUGGGUAAUAUUGGGUAAACACAACGAUGGUUCGUUAUGAACCUUUGGGUCAUGUGACCCGAAGGCAGCACAAGGGUUAACCCACAGACCAGUACGAGGUCUACAUUCCAACAUGUCCCCUUCCCCCCCAUCCUGUUUUUAUCUAAACAUGUCCUUGGCCACACUUUGACUUGUUUGUGCCAUAUCCACAUGUCAAGCAAUUUAGAAACAACUUCCCCCCCUACCUCCCCCCCGCCUCGCUGCCCCCCCGCUGUCGAGCACAAACCUGCUGACACGGAGUGGGGGAUGUGGGGGGAGGAGAGGGGAGAAGCGUACUGACUGAUAGUGACCUUUUGGAGCAGCACUUAAACUGACCUGGACUAACCCUGGACUGGUCGUCAUGGAAGUCUGGGGUCCAAUCAAACCACAUGGUGGCCCAUUACCACAAAAAUACACACAAUUAAAUACAUUUCAUUGUAUCAGUUUAAUAUAUAUAUAUGUGUAUAUAUAUGAUCACAGGAGAGUUCUGCUUGUUUGGUGCAGGUGUAUCUUUUGAAGAUAAGGAAAUGUAAAUUUGCUGAAAGACCGCCAUGAGCGUUUGAUUGAAUCCCAGUCAAGGGAAGGUUACACUGGGUGUGUUUGUGGUUAGUCUUAUCCAGUAACACAAACAUUAUUGUGGGGGCCUUAUAGACACCUGCUGUUGCAUUGUACAAUUUUAAUGGACUGGCCAGAUUCUCCUGAUCGAUCCAGUGCCACAUCCAGCCCACAUCCUGCUGGGGGGACUGAGAAAACUCAAGUUUUAAUUUAUUGCAGCUGAAGAUGCUGACUUAUGCACUGAUAUAACCCCUCGUCUUAUGUUGGUCACUGAGGCCCUGCCAGCCCCUCAUGUUGUACUUGUUCCAGCUCUGGCUGUUGUGCCUGCUCCACAAACACCUGAUCUCAUUCAACAUGACAUUGAACAUGAAUAAACAAAUACGUCUUAUUUGUUGAAAGAA